GUUGAGUGCGCAUGGUUGCAGUGCAGAGCGCGAAAGAGGUGUGAAGUUUAUGCUGUUGGAUGUGGACACUGCAACUAUAAUGCCUUUAACGCUGCUGUCUGCUGGUUAUCCUGAGGACACAAUGCGCUCUCUGACGGACAGACUGCCAUGUAGAGAGACACAGGUCACUUCACUACUGGCACUCAUGGGAGAGCCAGAUCAGUACAGUUAUCCUUCAAUCUUCAUCUAUGGCCAUAGAUCAACUGGAAAGAGCCAUGUGGUGCUCUCCAUCAUGAAGGACCUGGAGAUUCCCCAUGCUUCUGUGGACUGUGUGGAGUGUGUCUCUCCCGGGCUUCUUUUUCACCAGGUUUUAUUGGCCUUUUUUGGCCCAGAUGCUGCGGCAUUGCUGCCCCGCUGUCCGUCUUUGUCAGACUUUGUGCGGCUUUACAAACAGAUGAAAGAUCAUGCCACUCAGACACGCUAUAUAAUUCUGGACAAAGCUGAACGCAUGAGAGAUAUGGAUUUCAGUCUGCUUCCUGUUCUUCUGCGCCUCCAGGAAUUGGUUGAUGAUAAUGUGACAGUUAUCCUGCUCAGUGAAAUCGUCUGGGAGAAGUUUAGGCCCAACACCGGCUGCUUUGAACCUCUGCUCUUUCAUUUCCCUGACUACAGUAAAGCUGAGCUAGUUCAGAUCCUGUCUCAGGACCAUCACCCAUCCUACACUCCUGAGCUCUAUGCCUCCUACAUCAACAUACUACUGGGAGUGUUUUUCUCUGUGUGCCGUGAUCUGAGAGAGCUCCGGCACCUGGCUGCACUGAAUUUCCCCAAGUUCUGUGAACCCCUGGAGAAGGAAGAGGCCAAAGAGAGUGAUAUUCACAAGUUAUGGAGAAAUAUUGAGCCCCAUCUGCAGAGAGCCAUGCAGACGGUUUACCUUCGAGAGGUGUCCAGCAUCCAAUGGGAGCAGCAGCAGAUGGACGAAAAGGAGGCCACGACCCCCAGAGGUCUAUCAGCCCAUGCUCACAUAGAGCUGCCUUAUUACUCCAAGUUUCUUCUGAUUGCUGCUUAUCUGGCAUCCUAUAAUCCUGCCCGCACAGAUCGACGCUUCUUUGUCAAGAGUCACGGGAAACUAAAAAAGACCAAUUUCUUGAAGAAACAUGAGAAGACUAGUAACCAUCUGUUAGGACCGAAGCCUUUUCCACUUGACAGAUUGUUGGCCAUAUUUUACAGUGUGGUUGACAGCAGAGUUGCACCUACAGCCAGUAUCUUUUCACAGAUCACAUCUCUAGUUACUCUGCAGCUUCUCACUCUGGUGGGACACGAUGACCAGCUGGAUUCUCCCAAAUACAAAUGUGCAGUAUCACUGGACUUCAUUCUUGCGAUCUCCAGAACUGUAAGUUUCGAUGUGGUAAAGUAUCUGUAUGACUUCCUAUGAGUCGGUGUACAUAAAGCAGGCCUCUGAAUGGACAAAGCACUUGGAAUUACUUGGAUGGACAGCAACAAUGUUCCAGAAGCCUGAGAUCUACUCUUUCUGCAUUUAUUAGUCCAAUCCGGUGAUACGUUGGGAAAAUAAAGUUCAUGCGAGAGACUGAAAAAAGGAUUUGGUUUGUUGAAGGGUGGCAACUUGAAGUUGGUCCAUAAAAACAAAAACUGAAUUAUUUGUUAUAAUAAUGUGUCUUUUUUCAUGUGUCUUCAAACCCGUUUAAUUAUUAUACAUAUACUGUAAUGAGUUAAGGGUGGUUUUGCACAUAAUAUUUGGAUUUAAAGUGAACAGGAGGGGCUCUGAAGUGUGCUUUGCUCAAAAUGUAUUACAAGAGUCAGUGAAAGCUACAAGCCCUACUUUAGUCAUUGUUUUUAUGAAAUACAAACCAUGUACAGUGGAUAUAAAAAGUCUACACACCCCUGUUAAAAU